AUGAGCCUCUCCUGGGCGGACCAAGGCACAUGCUGCCGUCGUGCAGGGCGAGAUGUGCCUCAGAAGGGUAAGGAACGGGGCGAGCGUGACCUGGCUUGUCCUGGCAUUGCGUGGAGGAGUAAUAGCGGGGAGGGCGUGCCAGAACGCGGGGUGAUGUUAUCCCGCUCAAGUACGAGAUGGCUUAUCCAGGAAGGGAGCUGGAAAGCAGCAUGUCCCGCAAAACUUGAUCGGGUGGUGCCUCACAUGUGUUGGAAUAGGCGUGCUCAGUCUUCUCCGCCCAGUCAUGCCCAAUACGAGAUGCGCUGGGUUCGAAAUUCUUACAGGCUGUGGGCUCGGUAUCAUCUGGACGAGUGUCAAAUUUCCCGUCGUCGCUCCGUUGCCUAUGUCACGCAACGUCAGCGUGAUGGCAUUGUUCAUCUUCUUGCGUACCGUUACCCAGACAUUCGGCACCACGACUGGCUCAGCGGUGCCGCAGAACGAACUGGCUACACACCUUCCCAGGAUUUCUGGCGUGGCUCCCAGGCGUAG